AACUAAGGAUAAUUACAUAUGCCACUAUUUUUUAUAAAAAAAAUUACAUUUUUACAUUUAAAGAUUUUUUUUUAACAUUUUUACGGUUUUUCAUAAAAACAACACAAAAAUAAUACGAAAAUUACAUAAAAGUAACAUGAAAAUAACAUCAAAACAACAACAAAAAAUAACAAAAUAAUCAACAACGAAUUAACUUGCUAUUGAUAAAAGAUGCAGAGAUUUCCUUUGGGGUUCGAGUGGUAAUAGAAGCAAAUUUCAUCUCCCCUCUUGGAAAAAAGUUUGCCUUCCUAAGCAACUUGGAGGAAUAGGGUUCCGUGAAGGUAAAAAGUGAAACAUGGCCAUGAUAGCUAAGCAUUUAUGGGUGUUAUCUAGCAAGCAAGACAACCUUUGGGUGAAGUGGAUCAAUUCGAUUUAUCUGAAGGGGCAUGAUAUUUGGCGUUUCCACUUGAAAGCCGACUCGAGUUGAUAUUUUAAAGAAGUUAAUGAAGAUUAGAGAUUUGUCAAACAUGAAAACAUUGAAUCAAGCUGUGAAAGGAGGCAAAUUUACGGUGAGCAGGUUUUAUAAUACGUUGAUAGGGGCGGUUAAAGCUCCCUAUUCUGUCAUUGUUUGGCAGAAGCUCAUUGUCCCAAAACAUCGAUUUAUUUACUGGCAGAUUUUCAAUGACCAUCUCCUAACCAGAGAUCACUUAAGCAGAUUCUUUUCAAUCCCCUCGAACUUGUGUGUGGUUUGUGAGAAUGCCCAGGAAUCUCACAAUCAUUUGCUUAUGGAAUGCACCUUUACCAAGAAGUUGGUUGAAAGUAUAGAAAGUUGGGUUGGUAAUCGGAAUUGGCUGAGCAACAUUUAGGAUCUGCAGCAAAAGAAAUGGCAACAAAAACCAGACCUGUCUGCAACUGUGUUGAAUGCAAUUACUGCUGCAACUUUGUAUUGUGUGUGGAUUAACAGAAAUAGCUGAUAUUAUGAUCUUGUUUGUAAAACUGUGCUGUCUAUUAAAAAAGAAAUUAAAGCUAGAGUGUUAGGAGGACACUACGCUAAUGUUAAGACAAAAGAUAGUUAUGUUUACAUCUAAUUAGUAGGUGGUAGCUGUUCAGUUUAUGGCUAGUUACAGUUCCAACCCAAUUUGCUUUGUAUUGUUCGGUCUUUUUAAAUAAAAUUUUUCUUUUUGUUAAGAAAAAAAAUAAAUUAAUAAAAAUACAACAUAAAAAAAAUCGUAUUUUUUAUAAAUGAAAUAAAAAAAAAAUCGUAAAAAUAAUAAGUAAAAUUUUACUUUGUGGUCUAAUACUUAAUAACAUAUUAGUUUGUCUUUUAAUUUAGAGCGGUGUAGUUCACUCUCUCUGUCGUAAAAAAACAAAACAAGUAACAGUCGUGGCGCUCAGAUCGCAGAGAACUCGCGCCACUUUGCUCUUCUUCCUUCGAAUUUCUUUGCUUCAUUGAGAAACCCUCUUCUUUACUCAUAAACCCCAAAUCCCCAAAUCUCUAUUUCCAUACAUUUUUUUGGGUCACACCACGAAUUGAAGAUGCUCAGAAAUGGUGCCGAAAUUCCUUCCAGGUGUGAAUUGCUGAGUAUUGUGAAGAAAAACUCGAAAUUAUUAGGGAAAACUGUUGUAGUUGAUGAUCAUGAUGGUGAUGAACAUCAUGAUGUUGAAUUGGAUUCUGGGUUUUGGCAUGAUGUGAUGGAUUUCUAUUUUUUUGGUGGUAAGGAGGAGUCUAAUAAGGAAGAUGAUCUUGUGUUUUUUGUCAAAAAGUUGAACUCUCAGGGGCAUGGUGUUAGUGAAGAUUUAAAGGAUGGUUCUUCUUCACCUUACUUUGUUCGCAGGUGGGGGCCUAAGUUGGAUGACAUGGUUGGUGACAAUGCUAUAGACGGCGUGGACUGGAGACGCUCAUUUUACUUGAACUUGAUUGCUCAUACUUCAUUUUCUGUCACAGUGGCUAUUUGCAGUCAUCAAGAUCUUCUGAAGUAUCAAGCCGCCUCUAGAAAUGCACCCUUAUCUCCUCCUGUAUAUAAGGUUGUAAAGACUGUUUAUGCAUCUCCAAGCCGAGUUAAUUUUCAUUUGGAUUCAAACAAGGAAGUUGAGACAACACCCGCCUAUCCAGAUAUUUGUUUUGCUAUAGAUGAUUUUGACUCUACUUUUGAUGCCGUGGUAUUGACAGAAUUAGACCAUUGCUACUGUGUACUUCUGAAUGCACAGGGUGGUGCAGCAUUUCCUAGUGAGCACGAGCAAAAUGAUUGCGGUGGAUCCUCUGACACCAGAAAUGGAAAUACUAAGAUUACACUUUUCUCGGGAUUUGUCAGUUAUCCAAUGGUUCGAGAUGCAUAUUACGCUAGCAAAUCUCGGUUUGGGAGUCUUCUAGCAGCAUUCGGUUCGCCUGCUGGUAAAUCAGACCGAAUCUACAUGAAAGGUCCUGGUGGUCGAGGGGAAGUUGAAGUAGCUGUUUCUGGUCCUUUCUCGCCUGUCAUUUCAAAACGGGGAUAUGGGAUUGGCUCAAUUGUUCGGAAAGCAGCAACUGCUGCUGCUGCUGCUGUUGCUGCUUCCCACACAAGUUUGGAUGAAGAGAUGGUGCCUCUUAAAUGCUGCUUAAUGUCCAUAUCAUUACCUUGGGAACACAUUGUAAAUGAUCUUUUGUUCAAGGAAACUCCUCCAGUGAACUUGUAAGCGUCAUGGGUUUUCUCCAGUGAUCGGAAAUCAGAUGUAACUGUACUGAGUGACCAUUUUGCCAGUCUUUUUACAGACUUGCAGUGCAAUUCACAACUAGAUCAUUUAUUCAAGUGAAGGAAGUAUGUCUGGGAAACAAAGUGAGAGAUUUUCGAUAAGUCUGGGAGGAGGUCGCUCGCUCGUAGAGGUGACCUUUGUCGCUUCCUAAAAUAUAAGAAUAGAAGUGAAAAAUAGUUCAUCGUAAUAAAAGGUGAAAAAGAGAAAACUGUAAACAUUCUAUAAUUGUAAGAAUAGUAAAUGGAGUUAGUUUUAUGUUUUAAUAGCUCUCUCUCUGUCUAUAUGUUAACAAGUUCAUUCUCAAUUAUCAUUGAGUACUGUAUUGGUUGGCAGGGGAUUUGGGAAGUGAGCAAUUAUGUUUCAAGUGAUGAAUGUUAUGUUCUGUAUAGUCUGAUCUGAUUAGUGGAUUGAGUUACUGUACAACAACAGUAUUUCAAAGGAGUGGCUGCUAUUGGAGUCGUGGUGAGGGACGAGGCAGGCUGCACCAGUUCAGUGGUGCACAGUGAACUGUUAGCUCUCACUUGGGGUGCAAAGGUGGCUAAGGAUUUCGAUGGUUAUGACUGGGAUUUGUUGUCAGACUGCUUGGUCCCGGUUCAGGCCAUUCUCCUCAUCGAUCUCUGUCUUUGGAGUUUUUCCUUUUACUCGACUUGUUGUUGUUCUUUCAAUCUAUCUGUGUCGGGAUUCGUAGAAACUAGUAAUGCUUCGUGUUUGUAAAUGGUUUGUUGAGCUUUUGAGAAGUGAAUCCUCAUGUGAUCACUACUAUUUCGACUUCAGUUUAAAUUUAAUGCAUUUUGAGGUUAUUCAGCAAAAAGAAAGAAAGAAA